CAGGUGAGAGUGCCUUACAUCACUGAAGUGACUUAAAAUAAAGUCGUGACACACUUUGUGUCUGAUUUAGAAAAUGAGUUAAUCCUCAAAUCAACGAGAGUCAGCCUGGAGCCAGCAGUCUGCCAGAAGUUAAGGAGCGCCUCUAGACCUCCCUCCCCCUCUCAACGCUCCUGUCCGAACGUGCGGACCGAUCUUCUCCCCCCUUUGGAUGAUCAGCAUGACAAAGCACUGGCCGGAGCCGAGCCACUUGGCACUGCCUUCACUGCCUCACCUCGGAGAGCAUCACGGCCAUCACCUUGACUUCAGCAGAAAUGCUCAGCAGAGCUCUCCUCACGGCGGUGUAACACGGAGCAGCUCAGUCCAACAGUGGCCUCAGCAGCAGCCGGCCCAGAUGCUUCCUCAGCAGCCUCCCCGCUUGGAGAAGUUUGCAGUGCGCCCCGAACACCUCACCAGUGCCACGACGUUCAUGGAUAAAGCCGUGCCGCCGGUCUCGUCGUGCCUCAAUCAUCAGGACGCAAACUAUAAGCCGGAAUCUAUAAACCGGGGCGCUUGGGACGGCGAGGGGGAUACAAGUGGCACAAGCGGGGGAAAGAAGAAGAACUAUCAGCGGUAUCCAAAACCUCCGUACUCCUACCUCGCUAUGAUAGCUAUGGUCAUCCAAAGGUCCCCAGAGAAGAAACUGACAUUAUCUGAGAUCCUGAAGGAGAUCAGCACUCUUUUCCCGUUUUUCAAAGGAAACUAUAAGGGCUGGAGAGAUUCAGUGCGACACAACCUCUCCUCAUAUGACUGCUUUGUCAAGGUGCUGAAGGACCCAGGCAAGCCUCAGGGCAAGGGCAACUUCUGGGCGGUGGAGCUGAGCCGUGUUCCUCUAGAGCUGCUGAAGAGACAAAAUACUGCUGUGUCACGCCAAGAUGAGACCAUCUUUGCCCAGGAUCUGGCUCCCUACAUCCUGCAGGGACACAAGCCAGAAUCAGAACCACCUCCCACCCCUGUCACCACCCUCCCUGCGAUGCCCUCGAGGAACCCCUCCCCACUGCAGGAGGAUUUGUUCCGACCCAAACUGGACUCCUCCUUCGCCAUUGACUCUUUGCUUCACAGCCUGCGACCGCCAAGUGCCUCUGGAGAUGUGGAUGUGUCUUCUAGAGACUGCUGGGGCAAGCUUGACCGACCUCGUUCACCACCACCUCGCCCCCGCUAUGCCUCCUCUGCCCGUAGUGCCUCGGCCAGCUCUGCCAGCCCGGCUUCCACCUCUUCCUCUUCUUCUGACGAGGAAUGGAAAGGCAUGCCUCUGUCUGGGAAGCGAGUUCCUCUUGAUGGCGAAGCUGGGUCAGAUGGUUACGAGGACUACAGACCUCUUAACAAAUCAGCCCGACGGGAGACUGUUGCACCACCAUGGGAGCUUCCCACCUCCUACGCAAAAUACGCUCCCCCUAAUGCUGUUGCACCACCCAGCAUGAGGUUCAACGGAGGCCCUCUGAUGCCCCUACAUGGCGGACUUCCUCUGUAUGGUUAUGGCAGCCCUCCUGUUGCACCUGGUCACUUUUUAAGCCCUGCUUAUUGGCCCAUUCUCCCCAAUGGACGGGUUUCUGUGCAAGCCCCACCCCUCAUCAUGGACUUGGACAACAUGUUACAAUCAGUUCCCCCAAAUAAAAGUGUCUUUGAUGUAUUGGUGCCAAGCAAUCAGAACUCUCUCUCACAUCAUCAACCACCCAGUCAGUACUCCCUGCAGAACGGACCUCCGCUUAACAGAUACCCUCAGUACUGACUCUAAAAAACAGACUAAUACCAAGCCAUGCUGCCCCAAAGGGCACACUUUCCUGCUGCAGUUUCUGCCAAAGCAAGGACUCAAAGGGGGGUUGAGAAACGGAUACAUUUAUAUUUUACCAAAAUUAGAGCUUUAUUGUAAGACAGUAUUUUACAAAGACAAUUCGUCUUUAACCAUUUCAAAAUAUAGACUUGUUACCUGGAGAAAAAUCUACCUCUAACAUCUAUACAACCAAAUAUCUACCUCAUUCUGACAUUUUUGUAUAGGCUCUUUGCACUGCCGCUUGCAUUUGCACUGUUUUUAUUGGCACAAAUACAUGUUGUCCUCAACAGAAGCCCUAAGAGGACAUGCAUCCAUACCUUUUACCUUAUUUUCCUGUGAUAAUGAGUUGAAUUCACAGGUUUCAAGAUCGCUGGGAAAUUGUCAAGUUAUGACAGGAAAACUAGCAUUGUUGUUUUGAUAACUUAAGUUGUUAAUGAACUUGAAAACAACCAGAAAUCAUCCUGGGUACAGGUAAAAAAGAAUGCAUGGAUGUAUGUCCACUUAGGGCAUCUGUACUUUGCCUCUUUGACUGCUGAAUGUCAUGCUCAUGAACCAUGAGCUAACAGCUGGAAUGUAGAUGUUAAAUCUGAACAUCAAAUGCAAUCGGUCACCUUUCUGAAAGCUGUCUUUUUACAGAUGUAACUUGCCAACAUUUUAAAUUUUAAGAUUUUAAAUAACUGGUACUACUAAAAACAUACAUUUUUUCCUUUACUGGGAUGCGACUGCAUCUAUCAUAAUGUCUUAAUAUAUUUUUAUUAUUUUGUUCAGAAUUCUGAAUAUACAGGACAAGAUGCUAAAGAUCAUUUCUUCCCUAACAACCAGUAUUGGCCAUGUAGCUACCCCUUUAUUCAUUAUAGUGUUUUGACUCAAAAUCAGUUUAACUUUAGGUUGAUAUGCAAUCUCUAAAAUGCCACAUUUUCUAUAGUGAAUGGAAACGAUCGGCCACAGUGCACCUAUCAGUACCUACCUCAUGUUUUCUCUGCCCUGCUGUCUUUGCACUAUUCCUGUCCCUGAGAAAACCUACUGAAGGAAAUUGUCUGUAAGUGUCUGCCUACCUCAUCAAUGAAGGUGUUUUCUUUUUACCAUUUUAUCUGUGGUCUUGUAAAGUGUUUGUACAGUAUUGAGCUGAGGUGAAAGCUGCUCAGAAGUUUCAUUAAUUGAACAGGGUAUGUAAUAAAAUGUUGCUUAUUUUAA